UUACUUUGCACGGCGGCUAUUGUGUAUUUUGUGUUUGAUUUUCUUGCUUUUCAAGAUGUAACAUUCUAUCGCAAUUACAAAUAGUAAUGGCGUAAUAAGAGAGUUAUUAAGCAGGGUUUCAUAGCUUUCUCACGCUACUUCACCGCAAAACGCUGAAGUUAAUACCAUCUUCUACCGGAGACAAAGUCAAGGAAUGGAAGUCUCACAUUCACCGUCGAGGCAAAAUCCUCUUCCAAUCCGUAGAAAUAAUGAUAGCGUUACCACUACAGCGUUUGGUGCCAGAUAUUUUAUUCUUGCAGUGAGAUCGCCACCGCGAAGAAGCAGAACUGUAAACAGAAGCAAGAUUCAAGAUAGAGACAACCGACCUUUCUUACGGGACUUGAUAUUAUUGAGUGGGUCAAAUGAAGAUGUGGUACCACGGCAAGGAUCACGGCUUUUGUUAAUGGAAAAUGGCCACAUCGUAACUGGUUGUAGUUUCACUAUAGGGCUAUGAGCUACAGCAGUCGAGAUCAGAAUAAUUGAAGCAGUUAAUGGAAAAAUACCCUCAAAUGUGGAGAUUGAGAUUUUGACCUCAAUCCACAACAGUUUAGUGGCCCCAUCGUUAGCACCUUGGCAACUUCUUUAUGGGGUGAUGCUUCACAGAAUUUUCAAACAGAAACCUGUAUAUGUACAUCCAAACUUCAUAUUGCUGAAUACAAAAUCCUCAAAGCAAUCCAGUUUACAUCCAAACACUUGAUAUUUGGAAUGAUUGAACAGUCUGGAUAAAGUUGAACAAAUGUGGAAUGAUGUUCUUUAAUCAGUCCUUCCAAUACAGCAAUGGCAUUGACUGAUGUUCUUUGUGCAAACACAAUAUCAACCAUCUCUAGGAGCUGGCAGAAAAGCUUCCAGUGCUGAUUGUCCUCUGGAACAAGUGUACCAAUUAUCAGGGUAUUUAGCACCUGAACAGAUGUACGUUUUGACACUAAUCCUAACGCUCAAGACGCUGCUAGAUCGUGGUUGCACUGGUUUGCUACUUUCCAAAAUUUUGUAGCUGCUAUACCCAACGAAGAAGUGAACAAACUAAAGGUGGGAGGAGGAAAAACAUCCGGAACGUAGAAAAUGGCUCACACUAGAACACAAGGGGCCAUACUUCCCACCGGAGUAUGAACCUCUUCCUGGUGAUAUCAACUUUUACUAGAACGGUUGCAGGGUUUUACGCAAAGAUGUUGGACCAUGAAUACACGUCGAAGAAAAUUUUUAACGACAACUUUCAAGAUUGGAGAAAAGAAAUUACGCAUGGGGAACGAGGGACGAUUAAAGACCUUAGUAAAUGUAAUUUCAAAGAAAUUAAUGCUUAUUAUGUUCAGAAAACGAAAAAAGGAAAAACAUGACUAAAGAGAUGAAACAAGUCAUCAAAGGGAAGAAUGAAGAAAUUUUACUGGAGUAUGAUGGAUAAUCAUUGACAAAGAGUGGAGAAUUUAAAGAUUGAACCUCCCGGGCUUUUCCGAGGAAGAGGCGAUCAUCCGAAGAAGGGGAAACUGAAGAAAAGACUCCAGGCUAAAGAUAUCAUCAUUGAUAUUGGCAAGUUACGUGGUUAGCAUGUUGGAUCGAAAAUAUCCAGGGAAGUUACUAGUACGUCAUGUUAAAUCCAACAUCAAGGAUCAAGCUUGCUCUUCGUGCUGGUCACGAGAAGGACGAAGAUACCGCUGACACAGUGGGUUGCUGUUCACUAAGAUAUGAGCACAUACAGCUUCAUAAACAACUCGAGGACAAAGAAUACGUAAUUGAGUUUGAUUUUCUGGGUAAAGAUUCCAUUCAUUAUCACAACUUUGUACAUGUUGAAAAAAAGGUGUUCAAGAAUUUAGAAUUGUUUCAGCAAGGGAAAACUGACGGAGACGACCUGUUCGAUAGGCUGACUACAACAUCAUUAAACAAACAUCUCUCAGAUCUAAUGGAAGGCCUCAGUGCCAAGGUCUUCCGUACAUACAAUGCAUCAAUGACCUUACAAGAACAGCUGGAUAAACUUGAGUUGGAAGAUAAUGUUGCAGAAAGAGUAUUGGGUUAUAAUCGCGCAAACAGAGCUGUCGCCAUCUUAUGUAACCAUCAGCGAUCCGUUCCAAAGACGUUUGAACAAUCCAUGUCAAAUCUUCAGCAAAAGAUUGACGACAAGAUAAAAGCCAUAAAUGAUGGUAAUGUUGAACUAAAGGAUCUUAAACGUGAAGCUAAAGGAAGCGAUUCAGUAACACUUGCAAAGAAAAUCGAAAGGAAGAAGGUCGCCAUAGAACGUUUAAAGGAACAAUUGUUUAAACUGGAAGUCUCACAAACAGAUAAGAGUGGCGAAACAUGGUUCUUAUGCACAGCAGGACAGUAAUGGCCAGUCGAGUUAUGCGCCCAACAUCGAAUGCUUAAUUUUUUGCGUAUUUUGCUCAUAUUUUUAAACUUUGAAGUGGAAGAAAACGAUCAGAUCAGUCUUGAACUCAAGAUGGUGCGAUCGCCCUAUAGACAACCACAAGUGUUCCUCUCGCUAUACAAAGAAAAUAACAAGGAUUUCAACCUGGGAUGGCGUGAUCACCGCACCAGCAACUAUACCACUCAGCCAGACGAGAAACAUACCAUCCCGUUGACAGUAUGUCGAGUGAAUGGGACAAAACAAUACUGCCUUGUUUUAUAACUGAGGUUAACAAUUUAUAGAGUAAACUUUGACUAAUGCUUCUUCGCCAUCAUUGUACGGUUGAAGACAUGCAGGAACUUACUUGGCCAUUGACAGGGAAAAAUGACAUAGUUAGACAAUUUAAAUUGUAACUAUAAGGAAGGAGAGCAAUAAAGUAUGUAAAAUGUUUGGCAUUGCCAUGUGGUGUAUCAAAAAAGUAACGCGUAUGCUCAUAGUAGAUAAAUCAUAAUGGCGUUUUUACUUUGUGAGCUAGGAUUAUUUAAUUUGUCUGCUUAGACCUAUCUCACAUAUGUUGUACUAUCAUACAUAAGAGCAUUGUAAUGGCUUUUACAAAACACACAGUUCCGUAGAAACUGUUACCACAUUUUUUACUUUGUAAUCGUUACUUUAGCAAAAACUUAUGCAAGUUUACCUAGGCGUACGACGUUGGAUAAAAAAUCCUCCACUUUUCUUGUGUCAAGUAAUUCUCAGGUUUCAAGGCAAUGUUGCCUCCCAUGCGAUAAGUUACGACCUUCUCAAAUGUACUUCACUAUUACAUAACGAAUUUUUUAAAUGUCGUCUCUUAUGACUGCAUUUAACUACAUCCGAUUACAUUUGACUACAUUUGACAGCGCAGCAUGCAUUUUAUGAUUGUUGAAGAAACAAGUACCUGACGUGUGCUUAAGUAGCAAGCACCAAAGCGCUUUGUAGCUAACAAUAUCCACUUUCCAACGCCAUUAAAUUAACUACGAACUUGCGUGUUACUGUCUUGAUUUACCACAUAGCAAUGUCAGACAUUGUACUUUAUUAUUCGUCUUUGCUGUUACAAUUUAAAGUCUAACAAUGUCAUAUUUCUCUGUGAAUGGAGAAGUAAGCUCCUGCUUUUAUCUGUGCAAUGAUGGCGAAGAAGCAUUACUUAAACUAUACUGGAAAUCGUUGGAGUAAUGUACAUCUAUCAUAAUGAAAAACGGAAUGAAAUAACGACCGUGAAAGAAAUUUUAAAAAGUGUUAGAUCAAUG